AGAAGAAGAGAGGGGAAGGGGAAGAGGUAGGGGUUUCAGGAGUAGUCCCAGGGAGUGGUGGUGAGGACCUCAUCCACGUUGGCGCCUGUGUGACCCAAGACAAGAGAAUGCGCGUGAGAGAUUUAGUGGAGAGGAUGCCAGCCCCUAUUAGGCUUCGGGAGCUGAUCCGGACUAUCCGGACAGCCCGAACCCAAGCAGAAGAGCGAGAAAUGAUCCAGAAAGAAUGUGCUGCCAUUCGAUCAUCCUUUAGAGAAGAGGACAACACAUAUCGCUGUCGGAAUGUUGCAAAAUUACUUUACAUGCAUAUGCUGGGCUACCCUGCACAUUUUGGUCAGUUGGAGUGCCUCAAGCUCAUUGCUUCUCAAAAAUUCACAGACAAACGAAUUGGCUAUCUAGGGGCCAUGCUGCUGCUGGAUGAGAGACAGGAUGUACAUCUUCUAAUGACUAACUGCAUCAAGAAUGACCUUAAUCAUAGCACGCAGUAUGUGCAGGGGCUGGCACUCUGCACCCUUGGCUGUAUGGGUUCCUCAGAAAUGUGUCGAGAUCUUGCAGGAGAAGUAGAGAAACUCCUUAAAACUUCCAAUUCUUACUUAAGAAAAAAGGCAGCACUUUGUGCUGUACAUGUCAUCAGGAAGGUACCUGAACUUAUGGAGAUGUUUUUGCCAGCCACAAAAAAUUUAUUGAAUGAAAAGAACCAUGGUGUCCUUCACACAUCUGUUGUCCUACUCACAGAAAUGUGUGAGAGAAGCCCAGACAUGCUAGCACAUUUCCGAAAGCUUGUACCACAGUUAGUACGUAUUCUAAAGAACCUUAUCAUGUCUGGAUAUUCACCAGAGCAUGAUGUGUCUGGGAUCAGCGACCCCUUCCUACAGGUGCGAAUCCUGAGGUUACUAAGAAUUCUAGGACGAAAUGAUGAUGACUCAAGUGAAGCAAUGAAUGAUAUAUUGGCACAGGUUGCCACCAAUACGGAGACUAGUAAAAAUGUAGGAAACGCUAUUCUCUAUGAAACGGUUUUGACUAUUAUGGACAUCAAGUCAGAGAGUGGACUAAGAGUAUUAGCCAUAAAUAUCCUGGGUCGUUUCUUAUUGAACAAUGACAAAAAUAUUAGAUACGUAGCUCUGACAUCUUUGUUGAAGACUGUGCAGACAGAUCAUAAUGCAGUACAGAGGCAUCGAAGCACCAUUGUGGACUGCCUGAAGGAUCUUGAUGUCUCAAUUAAACGGCGUGCAAUGGAAUUAAGCUUUGCUCUGGUAAAUGGAAAUAAUAUCCGUGGUAUGAUGAAGGAAUUGCUAUAUUUUUUGGAUUCUUGUGAGCCAGAAUUUAAGGCAGACUGUGCAUCUGGAAUCUUCCUUGCUGCAGAAAAAUAUGCACCUUCCAAACGAUGGCACAUAGACACAAUUAUGCGUGUUCUAACAACGGCAGGGAGUUAUGUCCGUGAUGAUGCUGUCCCAAACUUGAUUCAGCUGAUAACUAAUAGUGUAGAGAUGCAUGCCUACACUGUUCAACGCCUCUACAAAGCCAUUCUUGGUGAUUAUUCCCAACAACCCUUGGUGCAAGUAGCUGCCUGGUGUAUAGGUGAAUAUGGAGACCUGCUAGUAUCUGGUCAAUGUGAAGAGGAGGAACCCAUUCAGGUUACAGAGGAUGAAGUGCUGGAUAUCUUGGAAAGUGUUCUCAUCUCUAACAUGUCUACAUCUGUUACCCGGGGUUAUGCCCUCACUGCCAUCAUGAAGCUCUCAACAAGAUUCAGCUGUACUGUUAAUCGAAUUAAGAAAGUGGUUUCCAUCUAUGGAAGCAGUAUUGAUGUGGAACUCCAGCAGAGGGCAGUAGAGUACAAUGCACUUUUCAAAAAAUAUGACCAUAUGAGGUCAGCCCUGCUUGAAAGAAUGCCUGUCAUGGAAAAGGUGACUACAAAUGGCCCCACUGAUAUUGUACAAACAAAUGGAGAGACAGAACCAGCACCACUGGAGACAAAACCACCACCUUCUGGGCCCCAGCCAACAAACCAGGCUAAUGAUUUAUUAGAUUUGUUGGGAGGAAAUGAUAUAACACCCAUUAUUCCAACUGUACCUACAAGCAAGCCAGCUUCUGCUGGGGGAGAGCUUCUUGACUUGCUGGGAGACCUCAAUCUGGCAGGUGCUCCACCUUCUGCUCCUGCCUCAGUUCCACAGCUGUCACAGCCUCCUUUCCUCUUAGAUGGGCUUUCAUCACAGCCUCUCUUUAAUGAUAUUGCUUCAGGUAUCCCUUCCAUCACAGCAUACAGUAAGAAUGGUUUAAAGAUAGAAUUCACCUUCGAAAGGUCCAACACUAACCCCAGUGUCACAGUGAUCACGAUACAGGCCUCCAACAGCACAGAAUUGGACAUGACAGACUUUGUUUUCCAAGCUGCAGUACCAAAGACAUUCCAGCUGCAGCUUUUAUCUCCUAGCAGCAGCAUUGUCCCAGCAUUUAAUACUGGGACCAUCACACAAGUCAUUAAAGUUCUGAACCCACAGAAGCAGCAGCUCCGAAUGAGGAUCAAGCUUACUUAUAAUCACAAAGGCUCUGCGAUGCAGGAUCUAGCUGAAGUGAACAACUUUCCACCUCAGUCCUGGCAGUGAGGCUUUGGCACCAUUCUUACUCUCGUCCUACCCAAUCAAAGGAACUCUGGGAAGGAGGUUGUGAUCCCUGGCAAGCCCCCCUUCCCACCCUCCCCUCCCAAACUGCACUGUGGGCACGAGGAGCCGAGGAGAGCUACUGAGGAGGAUUUCCCUAAAGUUACUGCUGACCUCAAAGCAUAGCUUGUUAAAGACUAAUCUCCUCUCCUCCUCAGUUGAGGCUGGCUGCUUCAGGAGGCUACUGUGCACUCUUCCUCUUCUUCCCUUUUUUUCUCCCUUCCCCCCCUCCCCCCCAGCCCUCCCACAUUCACAGCCAGAAAGAAUAUUCCCUGGGCCCCUAAGGAAAUAUGCAGCUUGUCUGGAGGAGAAGACUGGAAUUCACGGCAAGAAAACACUCGCUCUCUCUCUCUGAAGCAAAUGGUUGCCCCUUCUUUCUGCUGUUUCUCUGUGGGGUAGGGGAAGUGAGGAUAUUUGUUCCUCACUCUCUGGGUUACCAUCUUCAGGCACUUUUGACAUCUGGCAUUCAGGAUGGAAAUCUAUCAAAAGGACAUUAGGGAGCCCUGCCUUUUUCUUUUGGUUCCCCCAAUGUUUGAAAGAGGCGUUAGGUUCCUAGUAGCCUUUUCUGUGCAUUGCUGUAUACACACAGACACACACACAUGUAUGUUCGUUAGCUGUAUGAUAACCAAGAGCAGGUCAGGCCUUGAGAGGUUAUUUGUAAACACUGGACAGAUGCAGUAAAAAAUUUCUGAUGAGAUUUGGUUUGAAGGUCAUGGUGCUCUAUUUGUGAUAGAAUUUUCCAAGGCUCUUCCAGCUCCCCUUGUUCACCACUCCUUGGCUAUAGUCAUGUAUACUUAAACAGUUUUCAAAAUCUCUUCCCCUAAAAUACAAAGUAGACAACUUAUAAAGAUACGCUACAAGCUAUCGUACCUCUACCUCCCCAAGAAUUUUAACCUUCCCCAGCCAGUAACUUGGCUGCUUAGACAUGGUAGAUAGGUAAGAAAAGAGGCGGCACCAGUUGUACGGUUCAGACUAAUGGACAUGAAGCCCCUUUGCCCAUAUGAAGAGUGAAUAUUUGACUCAUCCUAGAGCACAUUGGAGAGUCUUUUUUUCCCCAUUACUUCAAACCUCCCUUUUAUUUCCUGAGCCUGGCUUGGACCUUGGCAUUCCGUUUGAAUUCCUUCUUCUAACUGGAACAUUUGUGUUGUAUCUGUAACACUGGCACUGAAAUAAAGACCAUACAGUUAAAGAAAUCUUUCCUAUAUUGUACUUAAUGGUGUUGGAAUGAAGCCUUGUAGCUUCCUCGCCCCCUGUGUCAGUGAGAGUCAUUUAGAGAAUGUAGGAUAGGAUUAACAUCCUGAGUUUCACAAAUAAUUUACUGUUCUCUCUAUGGAGAAAAUUUUUCAUGAACAUGUGGGCCAAAGACCCAAGGUCUGAGCUCUUUUGAGUGGGGUAUGCUGAGUGCCUUUCAGAAAGGAUCAAUGUAUCACUAAACUGUGCACCUUAGAAUUGAUUUGAUAGAGGAAUGAGAUAAAGGUGACUCCUAUAGUACACAUUGAGUGUACUAUGUACAUUCAAAUAUAUGAGUACUGUGUCUUUCAGGCUCUAGAAGAUGGGGGAAAGUGGUGCCCACCUCGAUGUCAUCCUUUAUAAGUGCUACUGUAUUGAGAACAGUACAGAUAACUCAUUUUUCUGCUGUCUUAAAACUGGUUCAAACCCAUUUCUUCUUCAUUCCACCAGUCUGGGACUGAAAGACGUUUCAGUCCCUUGUCAAACCUAGCUCUGUAUCAGAUGCUAGGAUAUUGUUAACCUAUCUGACAGACUGGAGUUGGGCUAAAGUGAAUGCCCAGGUUUUGUUGACACAGGAGAGUAAAAUCAGCUGGAACUUUUAUUUCACUGGUAUAGGAUUGACUGAAUCUGGAUCCAGAUGUUACCUUUGCACAUAAUUUUUAGUAAAUUGUGGACUUGUCAAAACUUAAGGAAACUGGUCCGCCUCUGUUUUGGAAGGUAGUUCUUAAAGGUUUCUUUUCCCAAUACCUUUAUUGGGUGCUUUGAAACAUGAGCUAGAAAUAACAUAUAAAUAGUUUGUGGCUUUCUUGAUUGGAAUUUUUCUUUAACAUACUUUUGUAGUAGUAUCUCUAUUUGCUCUCUUGUUUAUAGGUGACCAGUUGAGAAUUUUUAAGUUGGAGAACCGAGUUGAGGUACUGAAGAAAUUUAUGGGAGAUAUUCUCUGGAUAAGAACAUAGCUGACAAGUGAGACUAAAAGGAAUGAACCACACUGAUAAAGUAUUUCUGGUGGAUCAUAAUUUGGAGAGGAAAUAGUAUGAUCCUAAACACACACACACACACACACACACACACACACACACAUCUUAGCCUUAACACAAAGUAUAUUCGUUGGGACAUGAACAUAUUUGGAGACAGAAGCCAUAGAAGUGUGGCCCAAACUCAUCUGACCAGUGGUAGAGCUCCUUCCUGAAGAGAUUAGCAGUCAAGUAACUGUGUAGGGUACUGAUAGUUGUGAAAACUUUCUAAUGUUUGGAUAACGGAAAGCUUCAGUGUGCCUUAGUUUCUGGGACCUGGAUUUGCUCUCCUUUCAUUCUGAAUGAUUUUCAGCUAAAAGAAUUUACAUAAUUGCUGUGAAUACUUGAACAUUUCAGCAUUCAGUGAUUCCUUUCCUUAGUACCAUUUCAGGAGGAGCAAAUAGGGGACAGUUUUAGCUACAAGGACCAUUGUGGGGAGCUAGACACUCUCUAAUCUGUUUUAAUAAAACUUGGGGUUGGGAACUGUACUUGCACACAUACAUAUGUCUUGGACAAUUUCACAUGCACUUUUACCUCAUUAUCUCCUCCAGAGUAGCUUGCAUUUUCCCCAGAAGUAGUCCUGAGGGAGGAUUCAUCUAAGUAAGCAUAUAAAACUGUGAAUGGCUCUUUCUGAGAGACUUUGACCACAGGACUCCAGCGUUAUCUUGAAAUGCCUGGGACAGUGUAGUGGAAUGUUUUAUGCCAUCUUUAGGGCACAGUCUUUUGAGAUCAUCAGUUAACUAUGAGAUCUUCAUUUAAAUAAACAUUCCUCAUUGUAACAGUUGGAAUACUUUUUUCCCUUUUGCUUGGAUAAGUUAUGGUUUUGUAUCCCUUGCUUAUUCCAUUAAUGUGUGAAAGAAUUUUGGAUUUAGCCCUAAGAGUUUGAGUAAUGAUUUGCAUCUGUUUUAUGACAUGCUUCUCUUUGUGCCCUUCUGAAAGGAGUUAGGGGAUACUGACUUGGAGAUUAAACUUACCUUCUUAUACUGUGUAUUGGGAAGUGAUUAGAGCCAAGAGAACACAUGGGAGAAAGGAAGUGGUGGAAUGGCCAAUGUUUUUUCUAGUGAAUGUAUUUUAACUUCAGUGUCCUGAACCAAGAGACAGCAGGAGAACAGCAAAUAAAUAUUUAAGAAUUGUGUGUAUGUAUGUGUGCACCUGUGCAUGUGCCUGUGUGCAUGGGGGCUUGAUUGCAUAUUUGGGGUUUGGAGAAGAGAACUACCAAGGCUUGAAGGUUGAACCUCAUGUAGCCAGCCCUGGUAAGGGGAGAAGAGGGAAGAGAGGAAACAGGGGCUCGUGGACUGAAUGUGAACCAAUUCUCUUUGAAGCAAUAGCAGUGACUGGUCUCAGCUAACUGCACAAGGCCUUCAACAUUUAUCCACAGAAGAAAAUGCUGUGGCAGCUUGCACAGACAGGCAGCGCAUUCCUUGCCACAGGGCUGGUUCUUGCUGCAAAAUGGAGCAGUGAGGAGGUUUUUAAAAAAAAGAAAAAAGAAAAAAAAUGUUAAAAACAAACCUGCUGUUGAGCUUUGUGUGUUCUGUGUUUUAUUUUCUGUUUGGGGGCUUCGAGAGAGAAGGAGCCACUAAACUGUUUCUUUGUGAACUUUCACUUUGUUCCUGUGAAGUCCCUUUUCUUUCAUGAUGUUGUAAGUUACAUUUCACAUCAAGCCCCAUCCCAUCUCCUUUACUGUAAAAAAAAAUAUUAAAGGCUCUUUCCAAGUGGGGUGCCUGAUGAAGUUCUAAUUACUGCAGACAUAUUUUUGGGAUGUAAAAAAAUUCAAAAUGAUAACUCUUAGAAGAGAGCGAGGAGUAUAAUGGAUGUAAACAUUUACAUGGGAUGCAUUAGAAUUCUGCUGUGUGUAUUGUCUUUUGGUUGAAACAAAUUAUGAACGGUGACUAAUAAUAAAAAGUCAAUACUCGAUGAUUUAAAA